AUGUCACUGUAUUCUGUUGAGUCUGUUGUCUCCUUUCAGGCGCCUGAAAAGCAGGGGGGAAAUACUACCUGGCUGGUGACAAAGUUUGUUCUGGUGGGAUUCUCCAACCUCCCAGACCUGAGGACCAUGCUCUUCACCUUAUUCUUCCUCACAUACCUGGUCACCCUUAGUGGCAACACCACCGUCAUCACCAUUAUCCACAUAGACCGAACCCUUCACAUUCCCAUGUACCGCUUCCUGGCGGUGCUGUCCCUCUCUGAGACCUGCUACGCGCUGGUCACCAUCCCCAAUAUGCUGGCCCAUCUGCUGAUGGAGAGCCAGGCCAUCUCCAUCACUGGCUGUAGGGCUCAGAUGUUCUUCUUCCUCAGCUUGGGGUGCAGUCACUGCUUCCUCCUUACCCUGAUGGGCUAUGACUUGUAUGUGGCCAUUCACCCCCUUUGCUACACAAUGAUCAUGAGACCCACCUUUUGCCUCUGGCUGGGAGCCCUUGUGUUCUGUCCCGGGUUCUCCGUGGCCUUGAUAGAGAUUAGUAUGAUCUUCUCCUUGCCUUUCUGCCGCAGCAACCAUGUGGAGCAUUUCUUCUGUGACACUGCCCCAGUUCUGAAGCUCAGCUGCACCAAAAGUUCCAGCAAAGUGCUUGUCAUCUUCUUCCUGAGUAUCCUGGUCGUGCUGGUCUCCUUUCUCCUCAUCCUUCUCCCCUAUGCCUUCAUUGUGGCCGCCACCAUGAGGAUACCCUCAGCAGCUGGCCGGCACAAGGCCUUCUCCACACGGGCGGCCCAUCUCACUGUGGUCAUUGUGCAUUUUGGCUGCGCUGCCAUCAUCUACCUGCGGCCAGAGUCAAGGGGAAACCAUGACCAGGACCGCCUGGUGGCUGUGUUCUACACAGUGGUGACUCCGUUGAUGAAUCUUGUGGCGUACACACUUCGGAAUAAGGAGGUGAGGGUGGCUCUGAGGUGGAACCUGGCCCAUAGCUAUGGGUCUCAGAGUUUUUAA